GCGAUUUUUGAAUAAAAAUGCCUUCCCUUUGGGAUUAUUUACACUUCAAUCGACAGUAUUCAAAUAAAAGAAAUUUAGAAGAGGGUCUAUUCCAGAUAGCUUCGCAGACUUGUAAUAUUUUAGUAAAGGUUAAUAACACGAAUAACAUAAAUUUGACAAGGAACGAUCGUAGCGACGAGUAUGGAUGCGCCGGGCCACCCAAAGGGAAAAGUUCGAUGCAGAUAUGCGUACCGAAAUUCAGGAAGAAUUCUAUCACUUCCGGCUGUAAUCCGGGAUUAUCGACUGUAUUAGAAUCGGGGAGUGUGGGGAACGCGUCAUCCUCUGAUGAGGAGCUCGAGCAGUGGGAGCAAAUUUUCAUGAUGAGGGAUGAAAAUGGGAACAGCUAUAAUGACAAAAGGAAGAAACGCAGCAUAUGGUGUCGACCAUCUUGCAUCCCUGUUUCUAUAGUAAUUCUGCUGAUAGUUCUUGUUGUGCUUGUACCACUACUGGACCAGCCAAAUGUGUCACAUGCGGCAUCCAGUCAGCAACCUGUCACUGUACAUUGCUCAGAUGAGUGUAGAUUAUCCUUAGUAGAGAGUAUUCCGGAAGGGCACAUGUAUCCUCCAAACAUGACGCAUACGCCUACAAAAAAUGUUUGGUUAGAUUUAAUAGACGACGCUCAAACAACUAUAGAAAUAGCAUCUUUUUAUUGGUCUCUUAGGUUUAAUGAAUUUUAUCCAUAUAAUUCUUCUAUAGAGGGCGAACAAGUGUUCCAAGCGCUAUACGCCGCGGGGUCAAAAAGGAAGAUUGAUUUGAAAAUUGCUCAAAACUGGCCCAGCAAAGACUAUCCUAAUAUAGAUACAGAGUAUUUAGUUAAGAAAAAAGCGGCGCAGGUGCGGAGUUUAAACUUCUCCAAACUAUUGGGCGGCGGAGUUCUUCACACCAAGUUUUGGAUCGUGGAUCGAACGCAUUUCUAUAUCGGCAGUGCUAACAUGGAUUGGCGAUCGCUUACUCAGGUGAAAGAACUGGGCAUUGUUGCAUACAACUGUUCUUGUAUGGCCACUGAUUUGGGGAAAAUAUUUGAUGUGUACUGGCAGCUGGGUGUGGCCGACGCAGUGCCGGCCACGUGGCCGCCCGCGCUGGCCACCGACAUCAACAUGCAGCGGCCAGCCAACAUUAGCGACGGCCAGCGCAGCUACGGCGCGUACAUUACGAGCUCACCGCCGCCGCUGAGCCCUGCGGGCCGCAGCGCGGACGACGACGCCAUCGUGUCCAUCAUAGAGUCGGCAGAACAGUUCAUAUACAUAUCUGUGAUGGACUACGCGCCCGCACUCGUAUACACGCACAAACUUAAGUACUGGCCUAAGAUCGACGACGCGGUGCGCGCGGCCGCGCUGGAGCGGCGCGUGCGCGUGCGCUUGCUCAUCAGCUGGUGGGCGCACUCGCUGCCCGCGCAGCAGCACUACCUGCGCUCCCUGGCCGCGCUCGCACACGCCUUGCCAGGGGUCGACAUACAAGUCAAACGUUUCAUAGUACCGUCGACUCCAGAUCAGGAUAAAAUUCCCUUCGCUCGCGUCAACCAUAACAAAUACAUGGUGACUGACCGCAGCGCUCUCAUCGGCACCUCCAACUGGUCUGGAGACUACUUUACAUCCACAGCCGGAGUCUCCUUCGUCUUCCAGGACCUGGAGGAGGAGCAUCUCCGCAAUGAGACCAAAGAUAUAAGGAUGCAGCUGCAGGAGGUGUUCGAGAGAGACUGGUCCUCGCCUUACGCGGUGCCUCUCUGAGUUAUGUUUUGAUAAACCUGCCAAUACUUUAUUGUAAAUUAUGUAUGAAACUUGGUUUAAUUAUUUUGUACUUAAUUCUACUCUGUAGUGAAAAAGAUAAUUUUAUCGGAAUCGCAAUAUUUAAGGUUUGUGUGUUGGGAUUUAUUUGGCGACCAAAACGUACACUGUGGGGGAAUGUUCUAGAAAAAUAUCUAGUAACGUCAAGCUCAAAGUUAUAAUAUUUUUUUUUUUGGUUUUUUGUAACUCCAAGGCAUUUUAUUUGGAAGAUGUAAUUUUAUGUAUAUUUGCAGUUCUUAAUGAAGUUGUACAUGUAAAUUAGUUUGUAUAUAUGGGUAAAAUUUUUUUCUCAUAAAAAUGUUCAUGAACUUUAAAAUACUAUUUCUGUGAAUUUUUAGGAAAUCUCAUUUUAUUCUGUAUUACUCUAAAUUAAAAGAUAUAUUGUCAAAAUAUUCUAAAUAAAAAAUAUUUCCAUUGGAUAAAGUAAUUGUUAAUGUUACGGUUUACUAUAACUAUUUCAAAGUCUAGCUAAAAGCAGGCUUUUGUUGUAAAUAAUUAUUUCUAAGGUGUGCCUUCGUUCUGCGAGAUUCUGUGAAGCGUGAUUUUAACUUCUAAGUAGCUUUUUAUAUCCUUCUAGUUGUAGUUUUAUGUCUACAGUCCAUUUUCCUCGUCUUGAUCUUUGACUUCUGUUUUCACUGACAUAAUAUGUACAAAAACAUCAAUUAAAAGAUGUUUCUUUACAUUUGUUGCAGUGGAAUACCAUCUUUAGAGUAAAAAUCUAGAAUAGGAAAACGGACUUUAUUAGAUAUUAAUGUAGUUUUAAUCCAGUUUUGAGUAGCUUUCAAGUUGUGGUAUGUAAUAUCAAAUUAAAAAAUCUUUAUCUAGAUAUAGGGAAUUAUAAAUAUGUUAUAGAUUUUUUUUUACAUAUCGAGUGCCUGCGAGCAAAAUAUAUUUUCACAAAAAUAUCUGACAAAUAAGUUUUAAAGUUUUUCCCGCGAAAACUGACAGCUGAAUUUUCUACGUUCAAAGACAAUACGGAUAUUGUAAAUCAGUUGGUGUUGCAAGUAUAAAUAAAUCAUUCUUUACUUAC